CUUCUAUAUGCGAGACUAGAGGGACAGGUCUAACUUUAGCAACAGUCUCUUUACCGAAAUAUCGCUUCUACUUAGAAAACUAAUUACACGUGUUUGCCUAUUAUUAGUAUUAAAAUUAUUUAUUUAAAAAACAAUUAGAUUCUAUUAAAAAAAACAACAUUCAAGUUUAACAUACAUAUUCCUAUGAAUUGUAUGACAUAACUAAACGUUAUUUCCAGAUACCAGUUGUACAAGUCCAAAUAUGCAGUUUUUAAAAUUAUCAUCUGGUCAUAAUAUGCCUACAGUAGGUUUAGGAACAUGGCAGGCUAAACCUGAAGAAAUUGAAGCUGCUGUCGGAACCGCUUUGGAAUGUGGUUACAGACAUAUUGAUACUGCAUUUAAUUAUAAUAAUGAAGAAGCAAUUGGAAGAAGUAUAAAAAAUUGGCUUAACAAAGGUGGCAAACGGGAAGAACUCUUUGUUACAUCAAAGUUGCCCCAUUUUGGUAAUAGACCAUCAGACGUAGAAAAAUUUCUUAAAUUAUCAUUGGAACGUCUUGGAUUGGAUUAUUUGGAUAUGUAUUUGAUUCACAUGCCAUUUGCCUUUGCAUUAGAUAAAAAUUCCUAUGUUCCUGCAGCUCGAGAAGACGGUAGUUAUAUACUUGAUUUAGACACAGAUCCAGUUUCGGUAUGGAAGGAAAUGGAACAACAAGUAACAAAAGGUCUUGCCAAAUCUAUAGGCAUAAGUAAUUUUAACGAAGCACAAAUAUUAGAAGUAUAUAAAAAUGCACAAAUAAAACCGAGCAACUUGCAGGUUGAAUUGCAUGCGUAUCUGCAACAGAAAUCGCUAAGAGAAUUAUGUCAAAAGUACAAUAUUACUGUAACAGCUUACAGUCCAUUAGCAUCACCUGGAGCUAAAUCCCAUUUUCAAAUAAAAUAUAAUUAUAGUCUGGAUAAAUUCCCUGAUCUUCUUGGACAUCCCGCUGUACUUGAAAUGGCUAAUAAAUAUAAAAAAACACCAGCACAAGUGUUAUUACGACAUUUGGUACAAGAAGGAAUUGUUGUUAUUCCAAAGAGUUCAUCGCCGGAUAGAAUUAAAUCCAAUAUUGAUAUUUUUGAUUUCGUUAUAACAGAAAACGAUAUAAAUACUUUAAAUGAUUUAGAUAAAGGUACAGACGGCCGAAUAUUCACUUUCUUGUUUUUCAAAGGGGUUGAAAAUCACCCACAUUAUCCAUUUAAAAAUGAGUUGUCCCAAUGAACAAGGGAUUUGUCUUAUUAAAUAAUUCAAGAACAUAGAAUUAUAUAUCAAAAAUAAAAAAGGGACGUUAAAUUGUGUGAUCGAAUAUUGAAACUUAAAUGCACAAAAUUAAUUAU